AAGCAGAAUCAUUCACCAAUAAAUACCCUCUCCAUUGUUUCUAUUUCCUAGAGCUCACAUUCUUAUAUCUUUGUGUUGCUGUUAUUCUUAUUAUUAAAAGAAAUGUGGAACAAACUCGUUCCAUUGAGUGUUGUAGCACUUACUUUUAACUACCUUGCCUUAGCCUACGAGCCAAGCCCCCUCCAAGAUUUUUGUGUAGCCGACUCCAACAGCUCAGUCAAAGUAAAUGGUGUCACAUGCAAGAACCCAAUGCAAGUUCAAGCGGAGGAUUUCUUCUUCAGUGGGCUACAUCUCAGGGGUAACACAUCAAACCAAUUGGGAUCAAAGGUGACCCCAGUCUUUGCGACUCAGUUACCAGGGCUGAACACUUUAGGCAUCUCAAUGGUGUUGCAAAAGGGUGAUGUUUUCGUGUUCCCUGUGGGACUUGUUCAUUUCCAGCGGAAUGUGGGUAAUGGAAAUGCAGUUGUUAUUGCUGCAUUAAGCAGUCAAAACCCAGGUGCAAUAACAAUUGGAAAUGCUGUUUUCGGUGCAAAUCCUUCAAUUCCAUGGGAUAUCCUCGCCAGGGCAUUCCAGGUGGAUAAGAGUGUGGUGGAUCAGCUACAAGCCAAGUUCUAA